AUUCAUUUUGCGUCCUGACUUGAUGUCGCUGAAGGAAGUGUUGCGACCAGCAUGUGAUGGCCUAUCUCUGGGCAUCAAGUUCACCAAGCCGGUCAACUUUUCGGUCGAAAAGACACUCUUUGCCAACGUUGCGCCUGCCAUUCUAGAUGCACUAACCGCAGCACGGUCAAAGCUUCUGUGCGAAUGCAAGGACUUUAAGAAACCAACCCAAAAUCAGUGGGACGUUGAAAAGUCGUUUUUCCAGACCGACGCUUACUUCCAAUCUGCGUCCGAGUACCUGUCGUUGGUGAAAGGAUUCACUGAACAGCCACCUGUCGUGGACACUCCCGCCGACGACCAAGAAGGUUUGCUUUCCAACGACACCUUAGUACCUUCGGUUCCAUUCACGUGUUGCGAAUGGAUGGAUGUGUCAUCGACGACGUUUGUCCACUCGUUGAACGCGCACCACGAAUACGCGCACACGUUGUUCGCCAUUGGGUGUGUCGGUCUGCAGCGAGCAAAUGACUUGACUCAAGUGAUGCUGCGAUCGCGGGAUUUCGAGUUUGACGAACCCAAGCUCAAGGAAGCGUACAAUUUGCUGUUGCGUGUCGCCGGGGUCUUUGACGCGGUGUUAUCAUGGCUCGGCACAGCGUCAACGACGUCGACGGAAUUGAGCGAAGACAGCUUGGCCCAAUGGCGCGCGGAACAAACUCGGGCUGGCAACUCGGACAUUCAGUCGCUGCAACGAGUCAAGGACUUUGAAAGUGGCGUCGUGAGCAAAGCGCUGAACGUCGUGGCGUUGGCCCAAGCCCAGGAACUCGUGCUGCUGCGCGGAGUUACCAAAGACGUGGUGGAUUGGGUGUUGAUGGGCAAGCUGGCCAUGGACAUCUCGAGACGAUAUGCAGAGUUAAAUCCCCCAGCCAAGUUUGCAUCGUGGUGUGCGUGGAAACACGCGUACUACGUUGGUUUGAGCUCGUAUUACCAAGUACGUUAUCGCAUUUUCUCGUGAACUGUCAACACUCGUUUACAGGGAAUGGCCGAAUGGGUGAAGAACGACGGGCCUGGCUGCGCCCAAGCCGUCGCACAGUUCAAAUCUGCCAAAGAACAACUGGCAAAUCUCCAAAACAAGGAAGUUGAACGAUCGAAAACCAUCAUUGACCGCGACCUUGAGAUCGCUACGGCCCGCAACCAAGCCGUGUACCUCGAGAUGGUUUGUUAAUCGUUUUCAAAGGAGUCUUCAUCGUGAAUCAUAGGUCCCAGCACCUUGCGCUCCACUGGACCCCGUGAGUUUGGUGCAAGUUCAGCCUUUCCAUCCUGUCAAGAGCCAUACUUUGUGGAGUGAGGUUUCCCCUACCCACGCAUCCACUGCACCGAAAACUCCCUCGUCCACCACACCUUCAGCACCCCCCGUGCAACAAGUGGAUGGAUCGAGUGGGUGCGCCUGUGCUGUUAUGUAGAAGCAAGGGUUUCAUUUUCACAUCAACAAUCGGUUAAGGUUGGGUGAAAUUAUUGCCUCCGUAAUACUAGUAGUGAUUUGCAUUUGCUGAUGUGCAAAUUACGUAUGUACUGUAA